AGUCAAAGCUCAAACCGAUUGGAAAUAACGAAGAAAUGAACAGUCCAAGGACUCUCCACAUUUCAACACAUUCAUAUCGAGAGCAGAGCGCCGGCGAGAUCCAAGUAUGGGGUUCUUCACCCUGUCCGUCACCGGCGGGGGUUUCUUUCUGAUCGGAGCGUCGGAGGUACUCUCUUCCUUGAAUUCCAUUGCCAAUUCAAAUCCAAAUCCAACCGCAUCUUCCUCUCUCGAUGCCGCCCAAACCCCAUCUCGAUUUCCGCCGUCAACCGCCAAAAACCCCUCAUCUUCAUCGUCUCUCUCUUUCAUCUUCGUCUUCAUUCUCUCGUUUCUUGUCAUAUUAAACUCCCUCGUUUCAUUUUUUGAUGCGGUGAACUCGAGCGAUCGAGUCGGUUCCACCCUCCAGUUACCAAAUCUGGCCAUUGCUUCUCUUUUCUUGCUCUAUUCGAUUCUUGGUUUUUUGGUUAAUCUCAAGGAUUCACUUCAUCUUCCAUCGUUAAUCCUUAGUUUAAUCGCGCUAUUCGCUUUUGUGGAAGAGUUUUUGUUGUUCUACCUGCAGAGGAAAGACACCAGUGGAAUCGAGAAUCGGUAUUUUGAUCUCUUGCUUGUUCCCAUUACAAUUUGUGUUAUCUCUACAAUGUUCGAAUUGAAUUCCCCCAAAUUGAAUUCUCCCAAAAUUGUUCGUGGGGUUGGGCUGAUUCUGCAGGGGACAUGGUUCUUACAAAUGGGGUUGUCUUUUUUCACCAAUUUGAUUGCUGAUGGGUGCUCUUUGCACCAAAAGAGCAGAGGAAAUUACACUAUAAAAUGCAAGGGGCACUCUGAAUAUCACAGAGCCAGAGCUAUUGCUACGCUUCAGUUCAAUUGCCAUCUUGCCCUUCUAGUGGUUUUGGUGAUUAGUGUAUAUUCAAUCAUCACUUACAGAAAUGGAGGCAGCAGUGAUUUUUCGCAGUACCGCCCGGUCGGGGCAGAGAUGCAGCCAUUUGGGUUUCAGGGUCAGUUCACUUUGGAUUCUGACGAUGAUCUUGGUGAAGAGAGCAGUUUGGGGAAGACAAAGCAAGCGGUAGUCGAUGUGGGUGUGAAUGGUCAUGAAUCUCAUGAUGCUCAUCAAUGAGGUAAAUUCCACUGGAAUGUAAAUUUUGGUUUAUAAACUGUAUGAGUAUGGUUAGUUUAGACUGAUGAUGUUGUGAUUACCUUGUAUCAAAUGGAGUGGUACUGAUUUGGUUUCUGUUUUAUCUUGACCAUAAAAUAGAAAGAAGCUUUGCUGA